UAGAUAAAAUUAUCUCUCAAUUUUAAAGUGUUUUUGUGUUCAUUUAUUCUUUCUAUCAUUGCUUUAAUUUGUUUUCCAGGAUGUUUUUAAAAUUGUACAACAUAAUUUUUUUGAUGAAAACAAUUAAAUGAUAUGUCUUGCUUUGUUAUUAUGGUUGGGCCGUUUUUAAGGAUAAAUCUUCUCGUUGCUAGAAAUGAGAAAGAAAGUGUAUAUUUUUAUUCAUCUCAAAGUUUAUUGAAUUAGUUUUUGAGGAGCAGAAGGACUAUGUUGGUCCAGUUUAGUGAAUUAGUCUAUGCAUUUCAUAAUAGCUCAAGUGAAUUUUAUGAUUCUUUGUGGUUUAUUAACUACCCUGUCAACUACGGAUUGCAGAGAUAUCAAAGAACAAGUCAUGAGCCAAAUCUUAUGGACUCUUCAAAGCUUUCGCCAUCUCUUGAAGGCCUGCAUAGCCGAGAGAGACCUGUUCACAGGAAAAUCUCUUCACACCAUAUACGUCAAGUCCCUUCUACCUCCCUCCACCUAUCUCUCCAAUCAUUUUAUUCUAUUGUACUCCAAAUGCGGCCACCUUUACUCUGCUCGACACGCCUUCGACCACAUCCCAGACCCUAAUGUCUUCUCCUUCAACGCCAUAGUCGCCGCAUAUGCCAAAGAAUCAUUAAGCCAUAUUGCCCACCAACUGUUCGAUCAAAUUCCUCACCCAGAUUUAGUGUCUUAUAACACUCUCAUUUCUGCUUAUGCUGAUCGAGGUGAGACACAACAAGCUUUGUUCUUGUUUAAGGAGAUGAGAAAGAUGGAUCUUGACAUGGAUGGUUUCACUUUGUCAGCCGCAAUAACAGCUGCUGGUAAGGAUGUUGGUUUGGUUAGGCAGCUGCAUUCACUGGCAGUUUCGGGUGGGUUUGUUUUUUUUGCUUCUGUCAACAAUUCUCUGGUAACGUAUUAUGGUAAAAAUGGGCUCUUGGAAGAGGCUAAGAAAGUUUUCAAUGGAAUGGGUGAGGAGGUGAGGAAUGAGGUGUCAUGGAAUUCGAUGAUUGUGGCAUAUGGCCAGCAUCGCGAAGGGUUUAAAGCCCUGAACUUGUUUCAGGAAUUGGUUAGCAGGGGAUUGUAUGUUGACAUGUUUACUUUGGCCAGUGUUUUAACUGCAUUCACAUGUGUGGAGGAUUUGAUAGGUGGGCUUCAGUUUCAUGCUAAGUUAAUCAAGGCAGGUUUUAACCAAAACUCUCAUGUUGGGAGUGGCUUGAUUGAUUUAUAUUCCAAGUGUGGUGGUGGUAUGUUAGAUUGCAGGAAAAUUUUUGAAGAGAUUCCUUCACCGGAUCUGGUUCUUUGGAACACAAUGGUUUCUGGGUAUUCUCAACAUGAUGAAUUUUCUGAAGACGCUCUAUAUUGUUUCAGACAUAUGCAGCGUGUUGGUCACAACCCUGACGAUUGUAGCUUUGUUUGUGUGAUUAGUGCGUGCUCCAACUUGUCAUCACCCUCUCAAGGGAAACAAAUUCAUUCUUUGGCAAUCAAAUCUGAGAUUCCUUCAAAUAUUAUUUCAGUGAAUAAUGCUCUUAUCACAAUGUACUCAAAAUGUGGGAAUCUUCAUGAUGCAAGAAGGUUGUUUGAUAGAAUGCCAGAACACAACUCUGUCUCCUUGAAUUCAAUGAUUGCAGGAUAUGCUCAGCAUGGUAUUGGGAUGGAAUCACUCCGUCUUUUUGAGCAAAUGCUCCAAACUAGUAUCAAACCUACAAGUAUAACAUUUAUCUCAGUACUUUCUGCUUGUGCUCACAAUGGAAACGUUGAGGAAGGUAAGAAGUAUUUUUAUAUGAUGAAGGACAAAUUUGGUAUAGUACCUGAAGCAGAACAUUAUUCAUGCAUGAUAGACAUGUUGGGUCGAGCAGGCAAACUGGAUGAAGUGGAGAAGUUCAUUGAGACAAUGCCAUUUAGCCCUGGUUCUAUUGGUUGGGCUUCAUUACUCGGUGCUAGUAGAAAACACGGAAACAUGGCAUUAGCACUGAAGGCGGCCAAUCAAGUUCUUCAGCUAGAACCUUUGAAUGCUGUUCCCUAUGUCGUGUUGGCAAAUAUGUAUGCUAGUGCAGGAAAAUGGGAGGAAGUAGCAACUAUUAGAAAGCUUAUGCGGGACAGCGGUGUGAAGAAGAAACCAGGAUGUAGUUGGAUUGAGAUGAAUAAGCAAAUACAUGUUUUUGUGGCUGAAGAUAGUUCCCACCCAAUGAUCAAAGAAAUUUGUUCUUAUUUGGAAGAGAUGUUAAUAAAGAUUAGGCAAGUCGGCUAUGUACCAGAUGUAAGAUGGUCUUUGGUAAAGGAAGAUGAAGUAGUGGAUGGAGAACGAGAGAUUAAACUAGGACAUCAUAGUGAGAAGCUUGCAGUUGCAUUUGGGCUCAUUUCAACUAGAGAAGGAGAGCCUAUUCUUGUGGUGAAGAACCUACGAAUAUGUGGGGAUUGCCACAAUGCUAUCAAAUUUAUCUCAGCCAUUUCUGGGAGAAAAAUCACUGUGAGAGAUGCCCACAGGUUCCAUUGCUUUAAAGAUGGGCAUUGCUCUUGUGCGGAUUUUUGGUGAGAACUAAAUAUGCGUUCCACCAUGAUGAGCUCCUCAUUUUGUUCUAAAGGGAGAGGGGUUAACAGAAGAAGAAGGCAAAACUUGCUAAGUAUAUAAAUAACAAUGAUACACCUAGGAAAAAAAUUAAAAUUAUAAGAGCUUGAACUACAAUAAGUGGUGGAAGGUAAAUUAUGUGCACAUCCUUAAAUGAACCAGGGUCAAAACGAAGGAUAUGCUAGUGAACAUAAUAUUUGACAUCACCAUCAGCUAGAUAGGCUUUGAAAGGAGAAAGGAAGUUAGAAUUCCAACAAAAGUUUAUUAUUGAAUUCACCCGACAUGAUAGUACCUUUUUCUUUUUUCUCGUUGUUAAUCACGGUCACCACCAGUUUUGAUUCCAAUUAAAGCCUCUUGAAAUACCAACUUAUCUGGUGUCAUUGCUUGGUAUUCAUCAAAAAAAAAAAUCUAUUGUAUUAUAUAGGGCUGUUCAUAAAAUACUUAUGUGAAACAACAACAAUAAUUUGAAUUUUUUACUUUUGUUUUAUUUAUAUUAAUUUGUUGUUGGAGACAUAGAACAACAAUAAUUUAACUUUUUUCGUUGUUAGU